CGAUCACCGCCACCCUCAAUCAACUAAAUUCUCAAUUUUAACUUGCUUGUUCUUGUUAAUUUGUCGAAAUGACAUCUUUUUCGGUUAAAUUUUCAGCUACUUCACUUCCAAAUUCUAAUAGAUUUUCCAAGCUUCAUGCUACUCCGCCGCAGACGGUGGCGGUACCGUCAUCUGGGGCGGCGGAGAUAGCUGCUGAGAGACUAGAGCCUAGAGUGGAGCAAAAAGAUGGGUAUUGGGUACUUAAGGAAAAGUUCAGACAAGGCAUAAAUCCAGCUGAAAAGGCGAAGAUUGAAAAGGAACCUAUGAAAUUAUUCACUGAAAAUGGUAUUGAAGAUCUUGCUAAGAUCUCGGUUGAAGAGAUGGAGAAAUCAAAGCUUACUAAGGAAGAUAUUGAUAUUCGCCUCAAGUGGCUUGGACUCUUCCAUCGGAGAAAACACCACUAUGGUCGAUUCAUGAUGCGAUUGAAGCUUCCAAAUGGAGUAACGACGAGUGCUCAAACUCGAUACUUAGCUAGUGUGAUUAGGAAAUAUGGGAAAGAUGGAUGUGGUGAUGUGACUACGAGGCAAAAUUGGCAGAUUCGUGGGGUUGUGUUACCUGAUGUGCCUGAGAUUCUAAAGGGACUUGAUGAAGUUGGCUUGACAAGUCUGCAGAGUGGCAUGGAUAAUGUUCGAAAUCCGGUGGGGAACCCUCUUGCAGGGAUUGAUCCUCAUGAAAUUGUAGACACAAGACCUUACACUAAUUUGUUGUCCCAAUAUGUCACCGCCAAUUUUCGUGGCAAUGUGGACGUGACUAACUUGCCAAGGAAGUGGAAUGUAUGUGUAAUAGGGUCACACGAUCUUUAUGAGCAUCCGCAUAUCAAUGAUCUUGCCUAUAUGCCUGCAACCAAAGAUGGACGAUUUGGAUUCAACCUGCUUGUGGGUGGAUUCUUCAGUCCGAAGCGAUGUGCAGAGGCAAUUCCUCUUGAUGCAUGGGUUCCAGCUGAUGAUGUAGUCCCUGUUUGCAAAGCAAUAUUAGAAGCUUAUAGAGAUCUUGGUACCCGAGGGAACAGACAGAAAACAAGAAUGAUGUGGUUAAUUGACGAACUUGGUGUUGAAGGAUUCAGGGCAGAAGUUGUGAAGAGAAUGCCCCAACAGAAGCUAGAGAGAGAAUCUGCAGAGGAUUUGGUCCAGAAACAAUGGGAAAGGAGAGAGUACCUUGGCGUGCAUCCGCAGAAACAGGAGGGUUACAGCUUUGUUGGUCUUCACAUUCCCGUGGGUCGUGUCCAAGCAGAUGACAUGGACGAGCUAGCUCGUUUGGCAGAUGAAUAUGGUUCAGGAGAGCUCCGUCUGACUGUUGAACAGAACAUCAUUAUCCCCAACAUCGAGAACUCAAAGAUCGAUGCAUUACUCAAUGAGCCUCUCCUAAAGAAGAGAUUUUCUCCCGAUCCACCUAUUCUCAUGAGAAAUUUGGUGGCUUGUACUGGUAACCAAUUCUGUGGGCAAGCAAUAAUCGAGACUAAAGCACGUUCAAUGAAGAUAACUGAGGAGGUUCAACGUCUAGUCUCCGUGACACAGCCAGUGAGGAUGCACUGGACAGGUUGCCCAAAUACUUGUGGACAAGUUCAAGUUGCCGAUAUCGGAUUCAUGGGAUGCCUGACUAGAAAGGAAGGCAAGACUGUUGAAGGUGCUGAUGUUUUCUUGGGUGGCAGAAUAGGGAGCGACUCGCAUUUAGGAGAAGUUUAUAAGAAGUCUGUUCCCUGUGAAGAUUUGGUACCAAUAAUCGUCGACUUACUAGUUAACAACUUUGGUGCUGUUCCAAGAGAAAGAGAAGAAACAGAAGAGUAAUCUCAAAUCUU